UUGUUGCACCUCGAUACAAUCAUGCUACAGCAGAUCUUAAACGAGAAAAAUAUGUAAUUUUGUAAGGUAUUUUGUUGGUUUUAAACUGCACAGUGGCAGAAAAUGGAAGACAAAUCCAAGCUUUAUGAGAAGAUUGAGUUUCUCGGCGAAGGGCAGUUUGCCACUGUCUACAAAGCAAGAGAUGUUGUAAAAGAUAGAAUAGUUGCGGUUAAAAAAAUCAAGCUAGGUACGAGGCAGGAAGCUGCAGAUGGUAUAAAUAGAACUGCACUUCGCGAGAUCAAGUUGCUGCAAGAGCUUAAUCACCCUCACAUAAUUGGGUUACUCGAUGUUUUCGGACAGAAAUCCAAUGUCAGUUUGGUCUUCGACUUUAUGGAAACAGACCUUGAGGUGAUUAUCAAGGACAAUACCAUCAUACUGACAAUGGCUCAUAUCAAGGCAUACAUCUUGCAGACUCUACAGGGACUUGAGUACUUACAUGCUAAUUGGAUAUUACACAGGGAUAUGAAGCCAAACAAUCUGUUAAUAAACAAAGAUGGGGUGCUAAAGCUGGGAGAUUUUGGUCUGGCCAAAUUCUUUGGAUCUCCAAACAGAAUAUAUACUCAUCAAGUUGUGACAAGGUGGUACAGAUGUCCUGAGCUGCUAUUUGGGGCUAGGAACUAUGGUACAGGUGUGGAUACAUGGGCAGUGGGCUGUAUACUAGCUGAGCUUUUAUUGCGGGUACCAUUUUUAGCGGGUGAGACAGAUUUAGACCAACUCAGCAAGAUAUUUGAGGUUCUGGGCACUCCGUCCAGGGAUGACUGGCCUGCCAUGGAGUAUCUGCCUGACUUUGUGCAGUUCAAGCCCGUCAUAGGCAGGGACCUGAAGGAGAUCUUUAUUGCGGCCUCAGACGACCUUCUGGAGCUACUGAGAGGCUUACUGAGGAUGGACCCUCUCAGCAGGAUCACUGCCUCACAGGCCCUUCAGAAGGCCUACUUUCAAUGCAAGCCCUACCCCACCCCAUACCACCUGCUACCUCAGCUUAAGAACAACAAGAAGGAAGUAAUGGACCUGUGCAGACCCAGCCUGAAGAGGAAAAUGGAGUCUGAGACAGGCAACGGAGGAUUAGUUAAACGUCUAGUGUUUUGAUAUCCUUGUCUGGCGGUUAUGGCUACAAGAUGAACAUCGUGCCCAAUAAAAAACUAGUCUUUCACAGAAUUUGUUAUGAUAUAAGUCUUGUAAUUAUUAAGAAUAAGUUUUAUGUUUGUAAUAAGGAAUUUGUGUCGGAAUUAUUAGAAAAUAAGACUUGGAAUUAUUAUUGGAAUUGUUUGGAAUAAGUUUAAAGUUGUUAGAAAUAAGUAUUGAUUUAGGAAAAGAUCUGUAACUUUAACGGUAAUAAAUGGAAAAAGUAGGUCUUUAAGUAAAAAAUUAGAUUCAUAAAUUGUUUUUAAUAAUUCUAAUAAGGUAAGAAUUGUUCAAAAAAAGAAGUUUAAAAAAGUCUUCAUUUUGUUGUUAGAAAUACAUUUUUUGUUGUUCAUAAUAUUUUACUCUUAUGAAUUCAUGUGACUUAGUUUUAGGUAUGCUUCAAUUUUCAUUCUUGUUUAAUGAAAAGGUAGGUAAGAUAUAUAAAGCACACAUGGUUAAAAUCAAAAUGAUAACACGAGAAAAAAAGGUCUAUUUUAGCUUGCAAGUCAUAGCUAGUUGUCAAAAGAAGUUACAACAUUAAAGUAUGAUGUAUUAUGACGUUUAUAUGGAGAUUAACUUUGAAGAUUUGCAUAGGGUUGUAUUUAUUUCAGUAUUCUGUCAAAACUUCAAGAUAGGACAAUUUACAUCUAAAAUUCGAGAAUGUGUUAAUACUGAAAACGAUUUUUGUAUGAUAAUAACUGAUGCUGGUAUUCCCUGUUACUUAAAACAUUAAUGAAAUAGUAAUGCCUUUUACUUUUAUUGAAAUAUUAUACACUACUAUAGAUAAUGCUGAUAUCUGUAUAAUAUCUUUUAGAAGCUGUUGUUAUUUGAACAUCAAAAGGAACGCCACAUUGGUCGGUCACCAGAUUUUGUUAUAAUGUUAAAGAUGUAUGAAAUGAUUAUGCAGAAGAAUUGAUGACACAUCAAGAGUUUUUUGGCACAUUUAAGGCAGGCUUCCUAUUUCAAACAGAAUAGGUUCACUGCAGUUUUUCUGUUAAUGCCAUUUUGAACAUAGCUGUGAUAAAAUGUUUUUUAUGUAUUUUUCUUCCAUUUAAAUAUUUGUUAGAAGUGCAGUUGUUGGUACAGUUGUACAUGAGUAUUCACACAUUUUUUGUAUGACACAUUAGAAUUAAAUUUUCCGUCCGUCCGUCUUUCUGUCCGGAGCCAUAUCUUGGAAGUGCUUUGGCGGAUUUCAUUGAAACUUGAUAUGAGUUUAUAUAUGGAUAAGAGGAUGAUGCACGUCAAAUGGCAUUGUACACCAUUUGUUAAUAACGGAGUUAUGGCCCUUUGUAUCUUGAAAAAAUGCUUUUUUGAGUGUCAAAUAUAAUACAUUUGUGUCCAGAAGCAUAUUGGCGGGGGAUAUCAAUUCAACGAAUUUGCUUGUUACACUUUUAUUUGGAUAUUAAUCUAUUGAUUUUUUUUGCAGAUCACAUGCAACUGAAAAUAAGUUUGUAUCACAGAAUCAAAGUUGAAUUUGAAAUAGUAUUGAUUUUGUUUGUCUUAGAAAUAAAACAUGUGGCAUGGUUUGAUAUUUAAAUUAUUGGCAGGAUUAUUAUUUUGUCUAAGUUGUUAUUAGCAACAUUUAUCAAGUUGAAAUGAUGAUCACUUAAAUUUGUGGACUUGAUAAACUUGAUUAUCAAGAGUUAAUGAAAGGGUGUUUUGUAUGCAUUUACCGUAGGCAAAUAUAUAACAUUCACAGUAAUUCAAUGGAGUGUAAUAACUUUCUAUUUAUCACACUUUAUGUUAGGGAUUUUUCAUUUUCAUACAUUUAUGCUAAUCACCCAGAUCAUUUAGAUGUUUGAAUAUGGCUAACAUCAAUCAUGAUGUAGAUACCCAUUUGAGCUGAGCUCUGGGAAGCUCUGGUGCUAAAUGCACGUGUAUCAACUAUUGUCCCAGUCUGCACAGGCUGCUAAAUGCACGUGUAUCAACUAUUGUCCCAGUCUGCACAGGCUGCUAAAUGCACGUGUAUCAACUAUUGUCCCAGUCUGCACAGGCUUAUCAGGCAUGAAUUUCCCACUUGUGUGGAAUUGUUUGUUUAAUGGAAGUCUUUUCUAUACAAAAAUCCAAUGUAAGCGGAAAGUGUCGUUCAGAUUAGCCUCAGACUCUAUGGACUGCACAGGCUAAUCUGAGACAACCCUGCACACGCAUUAAGCCCAGUUUACCCCCUCAGACUCUAAGGACUGCACAGGCUAAUCUGGGACUACCCUGCAUACGCAUUAAGCCCAGUUUACCCCCUCAGACUCUAAGGACUGCACAGGCUAAUCUGGGACUACCCUGCACACGCAUUAAGCCCAGUUUACCCCCUCAGGCUCUAAGGACUGCACAGGCUAAUCUGGGACGGCCCUGCACACACAUUAAGCCCAGUUUACCCCCUCCGGCUCUAAGGACUGCACAGGCUAAUCUGGGACGAUCCUGCACACGCAUUAAGCCCAGUUUACCCCCUCAGACUCUAAGGACUGCACAGGCUAAUCUGGGACGGCCCUGCACACACAUUAAGCCCAGUUUACCCCCUCAGACUCUAAGGACUGCACAGGCUAAUCUGGGACCACCCUGCACAUGCAUUAAGCCCAGUUUUCCCAGAGUGAGGCUCAUUUGAGUGGAAUUGUGCCAGUUAUUUUAUCUUUAUUAUUAUUGUCCUGUAUCUAAGCAUUUGGAAAUGAACUGCCUUGAGUCAAAGCAUUUAGAGAUUUUACCAAACAUAAUAUAGCUUAUGCAUGUACUUCUAAUUUAUAGAAGCAGGUGCAAGAUUUGCAUUUAUUCACUGUCUGUUUGUACUGUCAGUGACUCUGUGUAUGUGUUAGCAAUCAGGAAUAGUCAGGCAUUAUCAUUUCAAAAUACCAUUGUAUUAUUUACUGCAUUAUAUUUUGCAGCAGUUGACAUUUGAUGAUAUAGUCUCCAGUGUCCCAACACCACCCCCUCCUCCAAUUUAUUUUGUCCCGAUUUUCAGGAUCAUUUUUAAGUGACCAUCUUCAUUAAAACAGUUACAAUAUAUAUGUAGGUAGUUCUAUUAAUAUUUUAAAAUAAUAUACAGCUUGGAUGCCAUUGUAUAAGAUUUUAAGAUUUACGUUAAAAGUAAAUAGGCCCCAAAAUAAACAUGUUUAGUUUUGAUAGUACAUGUAUCAUUGUGUCCAAUAAGUUGUGAUAUGCUAUAUACUCCUUUAUAUGUGCUGUAAUUGUGUCUCUAAAUUCAAUGAAGCAAAAUGAUAUUUUAAACAACAGCCUAUUGUAUCUAACUAAUACUGUUAAUGCUCUCAGAAUUCAUGUUUAUAUUAAUGUGUUACUUUUUGUGGGAACAGGUAGGAUGAAAUAUGGUCUAAUUAAAGAAGGAAAUGGAUUAAAAACUUCUGGUUUAAUAUAUAAAAACUAUAUGUGUUUUACAUGUUUAUUACUGUCUGUCCACAAAAAUACAUAAAUACUGUAAAAUCUGACAUGUAUUCUUUUGCUUUGUUCUUGUUUUGAUUGUGUUAAAAGUGAUGUUUGAGGGAAAAUUUGUGCUUGAAUUUGUCACCAUUUUGUGUUUUUGUGUUAUUGUUUUGUCAAGGUUUUGGUGUUUGUGAUUUAUUGGGGUUUUUAAUACACAUUUGUUAUGUUUAAAACUGCCUUUGGUUUAAUGACAUUCAAUUUUUUUUUCAGGUAGUAAACCAUUUGUUGUCGUGCCCGAACCUUUUACUAUUGAAAUAAAUUGUGUAUGAUGUCUUAUUGUCCCCUACCGGUGAAACCGGAGGGGACUAAUGGUUUGCGCUCUGUGUGUCAGUCAGUCAGUCUGUCACACUUUUCUGGAUCCUGCGAUAACUUUAAAAGUUCUUCAUAUUUUUUCAUGAAACUUGAAACAUAGAUAGAUGGCAAUAUGGCGAUUAGGCAUGUCAAUUCAUUUUGUUCCUUCGUCAAAAAUUCUGAUUGCAUGGCAACAACAAAAAAUCUGACAAUGAUGGAGUUUCACCGGUAGGGGACCAUAUUGCUUGACAAUAGUCUUGUUUAAUGUAUAUUAUUGAGUGAUUGACUAGUUUAUUACCCAUUUUUUACUUGUUAGUUAUCAGAUAUUGGAUCUCGGUAUUCAAUUAAAAGUUUUCUUACCUCAUAGUAAGAGCAGCAUUGAAUGAAGCUUGAGAAUGUGCUAUCACAUAAAUGAUGCAUGUGAAACGUGUUUACCUUCUGCUUUUUAAUAUUGUACCAGCUAAUAUGCAUCGAUGUAUCGGAUAUAUAUCCCCCUUUAAGUUCUUGGAUGAACAUAUCGGAUACAAUUUUCUAUCCAAAAUCUAGUGUCUUCUGCUUUAAAAAGCCAUAAAAAUCAUUUUAAGACAUGUAUAUUUUAGACAUUAUAAUGUAAAAAUGGCUCUUUAUACAAAAUAAACAUCAUCAUGUAAGUGUAGUAAAGUUUGGUUCUCUUCGAAAUAUUUGCCCAUCUUCAUAUGAUAAAGUAACACAGUAUUUGCAUCAAAUGUGUACAACUAACUGGAGUUUUCAUUAAAAUUUACUUUGUGUAUCUACAGUUAUAAGAUGUUGGUACAAUUUUCUAACAACUGAACAUACAUUGUUUAGGUCUAAUUGACUUAUAUACAUGUUUUAUGUCAACUGUAUGUAAAGUAAGUUGAAUGAUAAUUUGGCCGUGGGAAAACCGGUCUUAAUGCAAGUGCAAAAAGUAGUAGCUAUGCAGUCCGCGCAUGUUUAUCUGGCCCUACACUUUCCACUUGUAUGCCAUUUUUCGUGUAAAAGAAGUCUUUUCUUAAUAAAAUUCCAUUGAAGGCGGAAACUAUUGUCCCAUAUUAGCCCUUGCGGACUGAAUGGCUAAUGUCAGACCACUCUUUACGCACACGCAUACAGCCCCGUUUUCCCAGAGCUCGUCCAUCGUUAUGCGCCUUAGGCAUGAUUUCAUGCAACGUUAAUAUGUUAAGCUUCUAUAUGUCACAUUGACUUGAUUUAUGUACUUGUUACAACAAAUCUUAUUUGUUUAUUUUGCAUUAAAUUGGUAUUUUGA